UCUCUCUCUUUCUCUCUCUAAAAUCUCUUUCUCUCUGUAAAGUAUCCAUAGAAAGUUAAGGAGAUCCUAGACAAAGGGCUUUGUUGUGAAAAGCUGUGUGAAUUUUAGAGAGAGAGAUAUAUUUCACAAGGGGAGAAGGUGGGUAUUACAGGCUGAGUCACUGAAUUUGCAGGAGAAAACGACUCUUGCUCUCUGUGCUUAUCAUCAACUGAGUUCUUGCUGUCUGGGCACGAGUUCUUUUUUUCUUUUUCUCUCUCUAAAAGAGUGAGAGAGGAGAGAGAGAAAGAGAGGGGGCUGAAAUGAUGAAUAUGGUAAACAGUGUUGUGUGCCUUUCACCAGCUUAUUGAUGACAACAGAUCCUGUCAAAGACCUCAUUCUACUGCAACAUUUCUCAGAAAACCUGCAGGCCUUUCAUAACUCUCAAGACCAAUUCUCUCUCUCUCUCUCUCUCUAAGAAAGCUUCCAUGCUUUCAUAGCUUAAGAGACCCAUUCUCUCUCCAGGUCUCUCCUUUUCUCUCCCUCUAAACAAUUCUGAUAUAUCUUGCAGGCUUUCAUAGCUCACAAGACCCUCUCUCUCUAUCUCUCUCUCUCUCUCUCUCUCUCUCUCUCGCUCUAAACAAUUGUGAGAGACCUUCCAGGUGCCAAGAGCACAAAACCACCUGGUUAAUUCUUAUAUUCAAAAGAUGAAACUAGGAAGUCUGAAAUUUCCAAUUGUCUAGCUUUCAGAGGGGUUGCAGAUCAGGGGUUUCAGUGUUUUCCUAUAAACCCUACGCAUUAUUUUUAGAAGGGAAGUAGCAAAACAUGUCCAAUUUAACGAGUGCAUGUGGUGAAAUCAGUGUUUCUUCUGGUAAUAGAGCUGAAAACAGCAGCUCUCACAGUCAGCCAAUUGCUUCUCCAAAUCCAGCACUUGUGAAGAGAAAGAGAAGCCUUCCAGGCAACCCAGAUCCAGAUGCAGAAGUGAUAGCCUUGUCUCCUAAGACACUCAUGGCAACCAACAGAUUCGUUUGCGAGAUCUGUAACAAAGGGUUUCAGAGAGAUCAGAACCUUCAACUUCAUAGAAGAGGGCAUAAUUUGCCAUGGAAACUAAGACAAAGAAGCAGCAAAGAGGUGAAGAAGAGAGUCUAUGUGUGCCCUGAACCUUCAUGUAUCCACCACGAUCCCGCGAGGGCUCUCGGGGACCUCACAGGAAUAAAGAAACAUUUUUGCAGGAAACAUGGUGAGAAGAAGUGGAAAUGUGAGAAAUGCUCAAAGAGAUAUGCAGUUCAAUCUGAUUGGAAAGCUCAUUCUAAGACCUGUGGAACCAGGGAGUACAGAUGUGAUUGUGGAACCCUCUUCUCAAGGAGAGACAGCUUUACAACCCACAGAGCCUUUUGUGAUGCACUGGCUCAAGAGAGUGGGAGACCAACAACAUCUUCUCUCAACCCACUCUUGCCCCCACAACUCAUAAGCUCAACAAUUUCCCUAAUUCCACCACCAUCAGUGGUGCCGCCAUUGAUGCUUCACCAAGAGAUUCACAACUCUGGUCUAUCUCAAAACCCUCUCGAACUCCCACCACCAUUCUUCUCGAAUCAAUCGGACCCCGAACUCUCUCACUUCCAUGGACUCAGCAGCCACGCUUCUCAUUCUAAUAACAGUGGAAAUACCAUGUCGGCCACUGCAUUACUACAAAAAGCAGCUCAAAUGGGGGCAACAAUGAGCAGAAAGGAACCACCUCAAAUGACCACUAAUGCCCCUACGACCUCUGGUUUCGCACAAUGCUUUUCUUCAUCUGGGACAACAAGCUUGAAAGAGAUGAUGCUCUCUCUUUCAAGAAGCGGUUUUCAGUCGUUUGAGGAUGGGUUUAAUGGAAUCAGACGACAGUCAGAUAAUUUGGAGGGGAUGCUGAAUCACUAUCGGUCCGGAGAAGAUGCACAAGAGGAGCUCACCAGAGACUUUUUAGGGCUAAAGGCCCUUUCACAGUUUGGAAUUGGAGGUCUUGAUGGGUGCAUGAGCUCUUAUGGACAGAGCUCCACUGAUGGCCUUAACCACAAUCUCCAAAAUGAGAGCACACUCUUCUCAAAUUCAAAAGCAUGGCAAGGUUAGCAGUUGAGAAACACAGUUUUCUCUCCACCCAAGAAAUACAUUUCCAUUGAUUGGGGUUGUUUUCAUGUCUUACAUCUGUGAAGGAGACACUGAGCAGUUUUGAAGGAAGCUUGGAGUAUGGUGAGUGAAAGAAUACAUUGCCAUAUUUGGUUACUGCCUGUUUGGGUAAACAAAGUCCACAUAUUAUUUCAUUUUUGCUCUAUAAAGGCUUCAAGAUAUUCAUAUUCCAUACUCAUAUUCUAUUUUUAAGUAAUCCAAUAAUAUAAUAAAAGAAAGUAGGCAUGUCCAGCCUCUUACCCUUGAGGACAAAUCCAGUUUUUGGAGUGGAUGUUAAUUGGUGUAACUCUGGACAGGGAACCAUUAUCUGAUAUUUGUUUCUUAUAGUUUUGAAUCUUGGAA